CUGUCUCCCUCCUGUUGUUUACAUCUGCGGCGCAUCGCUCCGGUUUGUCGCACUUUUCGGGCUUAAAUCCAGGGGGAGACGGAGGAGGAGCUUUGCCCUCAGUCCGGUGUAUGGCAGAGACAGAAGAGCUCAGACCAGAUCAGGACCCUCACAUAGCACUGGAGACGAUGAACGUGUCAGACAGUGAGGACGACUGUUACAAUGAGAGAACAGCUCUGGUCCCGUCAGAAAACCCCACGCUCCCGACGUACAGCCCCGAGUUAGGCAACCACCGCGAGUCCCCCUCACGGCACCGGGGCGUGUCCAGGAGGGCGGGGCCUGAUGCUGCCUCCUCAUUGGACGGGGAGCAGGAAGCGGAGGAUGAGGAGCUGACGUUGAAAUACGGCGCCAAACACGUGAUCAUGCUCUUCAUCCCCGUGACGCUCUGCAUGGUCGUGGUGGUCGCAACCAUCAAGUCUGUGAGCUUCUACACCGAGAAGACCGACCAGCAGCUGAUCUACACUCCGUUCAGUGAGAACACGUCGUCCGUGGGCCGCAGACUCCUGAACUCGGUCCUGAACACCAUCAUCAUGAUCAGCGUCAUCGUCGUCAUGACCAUCUUCCUGGUGGUGCUUUAUAAGUACAGGUGCUACAAGUUCAUCCACGGCUGGCUCAUCCUGUCGUCUUUGAUGCUGCUCUUCUGGUUUAGCUUCAUGUACCUGGGUGAGGUGUUUAAGACGUACAACAUGGCCGUAGACUAUCCCACCGUGGCCCUGGUCAUCUGGAACUUUGGGGCCGUGGGGAUGGUGUGUAUCCACUGGAAGGGCCCCCUGGCUCUGCAGCAGGCCUACCUCAUCCUGGUCAGCGCGCUCAUGGCUCUGGUCUUCAUCAAGUACCUCCCCGAGUGGUCCGCCUGGGUCAUCCUGGGAGCCAUCUCCAUCUACGACCUGGUGGCGGUGCUGUCUCCCAAAGGACCUCUGAGGAUGUUGGUGGAGACGGCGCAGGAGAGAAACGAGCCGAUCUUCCCCGCACUCAUUUACUCUUCGGCGAUGGUUUGGACCGUGGGGAUGGCGGGUCCGGCCGUCACUCACCGACCGGAGACAGAGGAGGGGGCGGAGCAUGGAGGCAGGGAGGCGGAGUCUGAGCGGGCGCCGUCUCGAGCCGUCGCGGGGGAGGAGGAGGAGCCGGAGGAGGACCGAGGAGUGAAGUUGGGUCUGGGGGAUUUUAUUUUCUACUCGGUGCUGGUGGGGAAAGCGGCGGCAACGGGAGGAGACUGGAACACCACGCUGGCCUGUUUCGUCGCCAUCCUCAUCGGCCUGUGUCUGACGCUCCUUCUCUUGGCGAUCUUUAAAAAGGCGCUCCCCGCUCUGCCCAUCUCCAUCACCUUCGGACUCGUCUUCUACUUCUCCACCGACUUCCUGGUCCAGCCCUUCAUGGACAAUCUGGCCAAUCACCAGUUCUACAUCUGACACAAGCCCCGCCCCCUCGCUCACGCACCUGGGAACAAGCCCCGCCCCCUCACACACGCACACACCUGGGUACAAGCUCCGCCCACACACUACUGACUCACCUCCGGUCCGACGCUCGACUCGUUUUGGUCUCGGAAGUAAAUUUCUUAAAGCUCCGAUGUUCUGCUCCACUUCAAGGCCAAGUUUAGUCCAGGUUUAGUCCAGGUUUAGUCCAGGUUUAGUCCAGGUUUAGUCCUGGUUUAGUCCAGGUUUAGUCCUGGUUUAGUCCAGGUUUAGUCCUGGUUUAGUCCUGGUUUAGUCUUGGUUUAUUUCUGGUUUAAUUGUGGUCUAGUCUUGGUUUAGUCUUGGUUUAGUCCUGGUUUAGUUCUGAUUUAGUCCUGGUUUAGUCUUGGUUUAGUCUUGGUUUAGUCCUGGUUUAGUCCUGGUUUAGUUCUGGUUUAGUCCUGGUUUAGUCCUGGUUUAGUUCAGGUUUAGUAAUGGUUUAAUCUUGGUUUAUUUCUGGUUUAAUUGUGGUCUAGUUCUGGUUUAGUCAUGGUCUAGUCAUUACCUUAGUCCCUACUUUAGUCCCGGUUUAGUCCUGGUUUAGUUCCUACUUUGGUCCCUGUUUUAGUUCCUGCUGUAGUCCUGGUUUAGACCUGGUUUAGUCCUGGUUUAGUCCUGGUCUAGUCCUGGUUUAGUCCUGGUUUAGACCUGGUUUAAGUUCUGGUUUUAGUCCUGGUUUAGUCCUGGUUUUAGUCC